AUGUUCAUGGAUGUGAUCAGUGCGGAUAGUGUCUUAGAAUUGCGAGUAUCAACGCAGUUGGUGCAACGUCUUGCGGCGGCACGGUGUUCGACUCGAUCCGUACUGCAGACGGUACCGUGCCGUGCACAACAGACAGCUGCCGCGGCACUCGAAAAAAUUGAGGUGUUCAUCGACGGGAGAAAAAUUUUGGUGGAGCCUGGAAUGACGAUACUUCAAGCAUGUGCUCUGUUGGGUAUCGAUAUACCGCGUUUCUGCUAUCAUGAUCGGUUGUCGAUUGCUGGCAACUGUAGAAUGUGUUUGGUUGAGGUGGAGAAAUCAAUGAAGCCGGUAGCUUCGUGUGCAAUGCCGGUAACGAAAGGAAUGAAAAUCAAGACGAAUUCUGAGUUCACGAAACGAUCGCGCGAAAGUGUUAUGGAAUUUUUGUUGGUUAAUCAUCCGCUGGAUUGUCCGAUUUGUGAUCAGGGUGGUGAGUGUGAUCUGCAAGAUCAAUCGAUGGCGUUCGGUUCGGAUCGUAGUCGACUUCAAGUGGAGGAAGACGGAAAACGUGCUGUUGAAGACAAAAAUAUUGGACCGUUGGUGAAGACGAUAAUGACACGUUGCAUUCAAUGCACACGUUGCGUACGAUUUGCAAACGAAAUCGCUGGAGUACCCGAUCUUGGUACGACGGGUCGGGGUAACGAUCUGCAGAUAGGGACAUAUGUGGAGAAAUUGUUCGCUUCUGAGUUAUCUGGUAAUGUGAUCGACAUCUGUCCGGUGGGUGCGCUGACGAAUAAACCUUACAGUUUCAUGGCAAGACCAUGGGAGACGCGUAAGACGGAAAGUGUUGACGUGAUGGACGCACUCGGAUCGAAUAUAGUCGUAUCGCAUCGAAGUGGUGAGGUGCUUCGUGUGAUUCCACGUCUUAAUGAGCUAGCAAAAAGUGAUGCAUUUGAGGAUAUCAACGAGGAAUGGAUCAGUGACAAGACUCGUUUUGCUAUCGAUGUGGCAUCGAAAAUUCGUCAGACACCCGCGACGCAAAUUGCUGCCGUUGCUGGACCAUUGAAUGACACAGAGUCGUUAAUGGCGUUGAAGGAUCUGAUGAAUCGUUUCAAUUCGGAACUUGUUUGCACCGAGGAAUCAUUCCCAGCGGUAAACGGUGGAUCGGAUUUGAGAUGUAAUUACAUAAUGAACGAUGGCAUUGUUGGCGUUGAAGAAGCGGACAGUUUGUUGUUGAUCGGCACGAAUCCACGCUAUGAAGCGCCCGUGUUCAAUGCGAGAAUCCGUAAAUCGUAUAUCCAUAACGAAUUGGACGUGGCUGUGAUCGGCGCGGAGAUGGAUCUGACCUACGACUACGCGUAUUUGGGUGAAACUGGAAAAGCUAUCGACGACUUGAUCGCUGGAAAAGGGCCAUUCGCGAAGGAUGUUGUUUUGAAGCGUUUGCAUUCAUCGAAGCAACCGAUGAUCGUGGUCGGUAGUGCGAUGUUGAAGGGUAAAGACGGUGCAGCACUUCUUUCAAAAAUUCGACAGCUCGUCGAUAAAUUGCACGCGGGAUCUGCAGAUAAGUCAAAGAAGAUCUUGAACGUCUUACAUCAUAACGCUUCUCAAGUAGCUGCUUUGGAUAUUGGCUAUAAGGGUGGAGUGGACUUGAUCAAGGGAGCAUCGAAACCGAUGAAGUUGUUGUAUUUGUUGGGUGCGGAUGAAGGGCUGGUGAAGAGAGAGGAUAUGGACAAGAAUUGUUUCAUUGUCUAUCAAGGACAUCACGGUGACUUGGGUGCUGAGAUGGCCGAUGUUGUGUUACCAGGCGCUGCGUAUACCGAGAAAGAGGGUAUUUAUGUGAAUACUGAAGGAAGACCUCAAAAGGGAUAUCCAGCCGUGGCACCUCCAGGUGAUGCGCGACAUGACUGGAAGAUAAUACGAGCGAUUAGCGAGAUCGCCGGCAAGAAGCUGCACUAUGACGAUAUCCAACAGCUGCGUGCACGUAUUUCAGAGGUGGCUCCACAUUUGAUUCGUUACGGUGAUGUUGAAGAAGCAUCGUUCUCGAAGCAAGCAUCGCAACUUUCUGAGACUGGUCAACUGAACGCCGCAUCGCUACGUCCACAGCAAUUGGAACUGGCCGAUUUUUGGAUGACAAAUGUGGUGACGAGAGCCUCACCGACGAUGGCUGAAUGCGUGCGUGCAGCACGUGAGAAUGAAAUGAAUCCUUACCUAGAUGAAUUACCCCAUAAACAUACUGCGUCGGCGAGCUAA